GAUGGUGCUAGAGUGGAGAAAAUUCUUGAUAUGGCAUCCAUCACCCUCAACAAAAAUUCAGUACCUGGUGAUAAAAGUGCACUAGUACCUGGUGGAAUACGCAUAGGAUCACCUGCUAUGACUACCAGAGGUUUCGAUGAAGAUGAGUUUGUGUCCGUUGCAGACUUUAUUCACGAGGGUGUGCAAAUUACUCUAGAAGCUAAAAAGUGUGUCUCCGGCUCUAAGCUCCAAGAUUAUAUGAAAUUUGUGACAUCUUUGGACUUCCCAUUGAUUGACCGUGUGUUGGAUCUGCAAAGAAGAGUAGAGGCUUUUACUACUCGAUUCCCAUUUCCUGGCUUGUAACUCAUAUUUUUUAAGUGAACUUGGUUGUAAUGUCAUAGGGUAGGAGACUACCAUACUUCUUUAUACAAGUCGAGCAUGUGAUAGUUUUGAACAUUGGUUUCUCGGUUUACAUGCUGUAAUAUGUAGCCCCUGUUUGAUGCCACUAUAUUUUUGUGAAACAAGGUUUUCUACAGUAACACAUGCAUUAAAACUUGUGUGCCA